ACACAUUGUGAACCUUUUACUACAGCCUGAAAUUGUUAAUUAUUAUGGUUUUCCAUCCGAAGUGCAUCAUGCAACAACAAAUGAUGGCUAUGUGCUUGAACUGCAUCGGAUUCCAAAUGGCAAAAAUGGAAUUAGUGCACAUCCGAAACCAGUUGUGUUUCUUCAACAUGGUUUUGUCGGCUCAAGUGCUGUUUGGAUCACAAAUUUGCCAAAUCAGUCCGCUGGAUUUUUAUUUGCCGAUGCAGGAUUUGAUGUGUGGAUGGGGAAUGUUAGAGGUAAUGUUUACUCUACCAAACACGUAAAUUAUACUCGGAAAAAUCUGAAAUACUGGAAAUUCACAUUUGAUAAAUUCGCUAAAUACGACUUAGAUACCAUGAUCAAUUAUGUGCUUAACAAAACACACCAGCGAAUUUUGUAUUACGUUGGAUAUUCCGAAGGUACCUUAACAAUGUUUGCAAAACUUUCAACCGACCACAACUUUGCCAGAAAAAUCGCCAAAUUUUUUGCUCUUGGACCAAUCGGUACACUCUCACACAUUAAAGGCUUAAUAGAUACUGCAGCAAAAAAAUUUAUCAGACCACUUAAAUUUAUGACGAAAUUCAUUGGCGAAUUCAUGCCGAAUAAGUCGAUUUUUCAAUGGAUCACCAAAUCAACAUGUUCUCUCAAAAAUAUCGUUGAAUAUUGUGAAAGUCUCAUGUUUCAGAUGACUGGACCUCCAACUAUUGAAAUGAAUAGUCGAAUUCCUGUUUAUAUGAGUCAUCUGCCAGCUGGUACUUCCAUGGCAAAUGUCUUACAUUGGACUCAGAUGGUUAAUAGUGGAAAAGCACAAAUGUACGAUUACGGAUCGGAGAUGGAAAAUAUGAAACACUAUAAAUCAAUAAGGCCUCCUGUAUAUAACUUAUCGCUAGUCAGUGUUCCUGUUUACUUGUAUUGGAGCGAGAAAGACUGGUUAGCUGAUAAACGUGAUGUUGAAGUAAACCUUCAUCCUUAUAUUACCGAGUUUACUCAAGAUGGUAUAAUUGCUGUCAUACCUGAAGAAUACCUAAUGCAAAAUAAACAACUAGAAAAUUUCAAUCAUUUUGACUUCAUUUGGGGAAUUCACGCCGCUAAAGAAAUAUAUCAUGAUAUUAUUCAAAUUAUUCGCGAGGAUUUGAAAAUACGACGCAAUCAUAAAUAA